UUAAAAUGCUUGCACAGCCUUUGGGCCAAUUCAGAAACGAUUCGAGCCACCAGCAUGGAGGUUCUCUACAAAUUUCUAGUGCUCUUCGCACUAGUCUUCAGCGUUAAUCACGCUGAGCCUCUGCAAGCGAAUGCCAACGAACUGAAUUUGGAAAACACGCUCUUCGAUGCGCUCACCGGCAAUUUGGAGGCUCAUGUGCCGAGGGAUUUCCGUAGCUUGGAUCAAUGCAUGGCCAGCUAUACCCAAAGCAAUCUGAGGACAUUGGCACGCUUGGGCUACAAGCUGCGCCGUUGCGCCAACGUCAAGGAGCAGCAGCUGCAAACUUACUUCCAGCAGCAGAGCUCUGCGAGCAUUAAGAGCAACUUCCAGCAGGAGAUGCAAGCUUGUGCCUCCCGUCAAUGCUACGCUGAAGCCGUAAUGAAAGUGUUCUCUGCUGUGCUGCCCGCCGGUCAAACUGUGCGCCAAACCUUCCAGUGCAGUGUUCACGAAAUCCAAAAGGCUUCAUUCCAACUGGACCGUUCUUUCAAGACUAUGGAAGAUUGUAUUUCGCAGCAUCUGCCCGAGCCAAAGUGGAACUUCACUACUCCUGCCUGGAGGCCCAGCCAGAAUGAUUCCAAUCCUAUCUGGAACUUCACUACUCCCGCAUGGAACUGGCCUGGUCAGAAUAACUCCACUCCCUCAUGGAACUUCACUACUACUCCUGCAUGGAACUGGACGAUCCCUGCUGAAAAUGAAACUACAACACAAUGGAACUUCACUACUACACCAGCUUGGAAUUGGACCAGCCCUAUCUGGAACUUCACCACAACCCCUUCAUGGAACUGGACGAUCCCUGCUGAAAAUGAAACCACUCCACAAUGGAACUUCACUACUACACCAGCUUGGAAUUGGACCAGCCCUAUCUGGAACUUCACCACAACCCCUUCAUGGAACUGGACGAUCCCUGCUGAAAAUGAAACCACUCCACAAUGGAACUUCACUACGUCACCAGCUUGGAAUUGGACCAGCCCUAUCUGGAACUUCACCACAACCCCUUCAUGGAACUGGACGAUCCCUGCUGAAAAUGAAACCAGUCCACAAUGGAACUUCACUACUACUCCAGCUUGGAAUUGGACCAGCCCUAUCUGGAACUUCACCACAACCCCUUCAUGGAACUGGACGAUCCCUGCUGAAAAUGAAACCACUCCACAAUGGAACUUCACUACUACACCAGCUUGGAAUUGGACCAGCCCUAUCUGGAACUUCACCACAACUCCUUCAUGGAACUGGACGAUCCCUGGUGAAAAUGAAACCACUCCACAAUGGAACUUCACAACUACACCAGCUUGGAAUUGGACCAGCCCUGUCUGGAACUUCACCACAACUCCUUCAUGGAACUGGACUAUCCCUGCUGAAAAUCAAACCACUCCACAAUGGAACUUCACAACUACUCCAGCCUGGAAUUUCACUACAACUCCUUCCUGGAACUGGACGAACCCUGCUGAAAAUGAAACCACUACUCGCUGGAACUUCACAACUCCCGCCUGGAACUUCACUACUCCAAACUGGAACAACAACAGCACCACCACAGAGGCGCCAGCUCACCCAAGUUGGUGGCAUAAGUUCUGGAGCGAUCUGGGAUUGUGAACAGUUCCCUUGAAGCUACGUCGUUAGCGUUAUCACAACGUUAAAUAGCAAAUUUAAAUAAAUGUAAUCAGCAUAUUA